UAGAAGGGUAUCUGCAAGAGUGAAAGGGACAGUUUGAGGACAGGGGGAGUUUGGAGACAGAUGAUCCGCUGUGGCGACCCGUAACGGGAGCAGCAGAAAAAAGAAGUAGAAGAGAAGAAGAAGAAGAAGCAGAUUAUGGUGUAGUUUAGUGCAGCAUAGUGUAGUUUAGUGUCGUAUAUUUAUUGUAUUUGUAUUAUGUAUUAUUAUUGUAUUAAGAGCACCUAAUCAACAAUUAGAGCUUUUAUUAGCGCGUGAGCGAGCUUCACCUGCUAAGCUGAGUGGAAACCGGAAAUGAUGUAGGGGGUAGCGUUUUUUUAUUUUUAUUUUUACAAGAGAAGAGAAGAAAAUAAAUCUUUCUUAAACUUAAACUAUAACUAGCUACAUUAUAACAUCACAAUAAACCAGCAAAAUGUCUUUCUGGAUGUGGCGGUCAUCUUGAGUCAGUGGGAAAUACCUUUCACAGAGCAGACCUGUUCAGUGUGAGACAAAGAAACAGUGACGAUUGCUGUGCGGUUCUCUGUGCAACUGUAGUUCCUGCUGUUUUCAGGUCAUCCUGCGACGCUUUUCAAAUUUAAACGCGUCUUUAGAUCACGAGAUCCUUGAGAUACGACAUCCUAGAGAUCCAGAUGUUCUGCGUCGCCUCAUUUCUUCAACGCGCGUGCCGAAGUUUCCAGAAGCGGCGCGACGUCGCUCGCGCUCACCCGACGUGGCUCAGACGCUCAGCCGGCUGCGCUGCUGGUGCGCUUUGAUGUCUGCGCGCAUGCGUCUCUAGUUAAUACCCCUUUUGCCUGAGCUCGGAGACAGCUUCUCACACACACACACACACACACACGAGCGCGCGCGGGCGUUACCAUGAGCGCGAGCCUCGCCGUCCCGGCGCUCCACGCCGCACGCGACCUGUCCGCUUGGCGCGCGAGCAGCGCGAGACGUUCCUCGACUGAAGCGCGAGCAGCAGCGAUGCCCGGCGGAAAGCGAGGGCUCGUGGCGCCGCAGAACACUUUUUUGGAGAACAUCGUCCGGCGCUCGAGCGAAACGAGUUUUCUGCUGGGGAACGCCCAGAUUGUGGAAUGGCCCGUGGUCUACAGUAAUGACGGCUUCUGCAAGCUGUCAGGAUACCACAGAGCAGAGGUCAUGCAGAAGAGCAGCACAUGCAGUUUUAUGUAUGGUGAGCUGACGGAUAAGAGGACCGUAGAGAAAGUGAGGCAGACCUUCGACAACUAUGAGUCCAACUGCUUUGAAGUGCUGCUUUAUAAAAGGAAUAGAGCACCUGUGUGGUUCUACAUGCAGAUUGCACCAAUCAGGAAUGAGAAUGACAAGGUGGUGCUUUUCCUGUGCACGUUUAAAGACAUCACUGCGUUUAAGCAGCCCAUUGAGGAUGAGAGCACCAGAGGCUGGGGUAAGUUUGCCAGGCUCACUCGUGCUCUGACCAACAGCCGGUGCACCAACCAGCAGCUGACUCCUAUGAGCAAGCCUGAAGUCAGCUCCCACAAAACCUCCCGACUCGCUGAGGUGCUUCAACUUGGUUCGGAAAUCCUGCCCCAGUACAAGCAAGAAGCGCCUAAGACGCCGCCUCACAUCAUCCUGCACUACUGCACCUUCAAGACCACAUGGGACUGGGUGAUCCUUAUCCUCACCUUCUACACAGCCAUCAUGGUGCCCUACAAUGUCUCUUUUAAAACCAAGCAGAACAACGUCACCUGGCUGGUGCUGGACAGCGUGGUGGACGUCAUCUUCCUGGUGGACAUCGUGCUGAACUUCCACACCACGUUUGUCGGGCCCGGCGGUGAGGUCAUUUCCGAUCCCAAGCUGAUCCGGAUGAAUUAUCUCAAAACCUGGUUUGUGAUAGACCUGCUCUCCUGCUUGCCAUAUGACAUCAUCAACGCUUUCGAAAAUGUGGACGAGGGCAUCAGCAGUCUGUUUAGCUCUCUAAAGGUGGUGCGUCUGCUGCGUUUGGGUCGCGUGGCACGAAAACUGGACCACUAUCUGGAAUACGGUGCGGCCGUUCUGGUCCUGUUGGUGUGUGUGUUCGGGUUGGUGGCCCACUGGCUGGCCUGUAUCUGGUACAGCAUUGGGGAUUACGAGGUCAUCGACAAGAACAGUAACACCAUCAAGAAAGACAGCUGGCUCUACCAGUUAGCCACCACCACUGGCUCACCGUACCGCUACAACACCAGCGGCUCCGGUCGAUUGGAAGGCGGCCCUGGGAAACACACGCUCUACAUUUCCUCCCUGUAUUUUACCAUGACCAGUCUGACAACCAUCGGAUUCGGCAACAUCGCUCCUACCACUGACGGAGAGAAGAUCUUCUCCGUGGCAAUGAUGAUGGGAGGAUCUCUCCUGUAUGCAACAAUAUUCGGAAACGUGACCACCAUCUUCCAGCAGAUGUACGCCAAUACCAACCGCUACCACGAGAUGCUGAACAAUGUGAGGGAUUUCCUGAAACUCUACCAGGUGCCCAAAGGCCUGAGCGAGCGGGUGAUGGACUACAUCGUCUCCACAUGGUCCAUGACCAAAGGCAUAGACACUGAAAAGGUGCUGUCUAUCUGUCCCAAGGACAUGCGUGCGGACAUCUGUGUCCACCUGAACAGGAAAGUGUUUAACGAGCACCCCGCGUUCCGAUUGGCCAGCGACGGCUGCCUUCGCUCGUUAGCCGUUGAGUUCCAGACUAUUCAUUCGGCUCCCGGGGACCUCAUAUUCCAUGCUGGGGAAAGCGUGGACACACUGUGCUUCGUAGUGUCCGGGUCACUCGAGGUCAUCCAGGACGACGAGGUCAUUGCUAUACUUGGUAAAGGUGAUGUGUUCGGUGACGUGUUCUGGAAAGAGACGACCCUAGCUCACUCGUGCGCUAACGUCAGAGCGCUAACCUACUGCGAUUUGCACAUCAUUCACAGAGACGCUCUGCUAAAAGUGCUCGACUUCUACAUGGCGUUCGCCAACUCCUUCUCCCGCAAUCUCAUCCUCACCUGCAACCUUCGCAAAAGGAUUGUCUUCCGUAAGAUCAUUGAUGUGAAAAAGGAGGAAGAAGAACGUCAGCGCUCAAAAAACGAGGUUCCGCUGACCAUCCCGGUGGACCACCCGGUCCGAAAACUGUUGCAGAAAUUCAAACAGCAGAAGGAGCUUCGCAUCCAGGAGGCCUCGGUCCAAAUUGACGUGGAGAAGAACCGGCAGCAGCUUCACAUGCAGCUACGCUCACACACUCAGCUACAGCACACACAUGCGUCCAUCCCCCAGAGCACACUGCAUGCGGUACAGAACGGGAGAUCUAGCAUGGGUUCCUGUAGCAGUGUGGUCACCAUUUCGCAGAUCACACCGAUUCAGAACUCCUUCUCAAAAUCUGGUGACCCGCUUAAACAAAACAACUGCGAUGUCAUGGAACUAAAAGCGGCUGGAGAUCCAACCCCGAGCAUGACCCGUCUGAAGAUGAGCAACACCUCACAAGCAAAACCGGGUCGUGGGUGGACGCGGUUAAAAAACAACAUGGCAGCUCCAGACUCUCUACCACAGGAGAGCAGGAAAGAUGGGCUGAACAAUGUGACAAAAGCGGUAUCUAUAGAACGGCUCUCUCCCGAGGUCAAAGUGCAGAUCGAAGGUGUUGUGGACGUCACCACGUCCAGAAAGAACUCUCUCCGUAAAACAGACUCAUGGGAUAGCGGGUUAACCCAAAGCGAUCAGAGGUUAGAUAACGUAGAGGAAGUGCAGAGUCCCGUUCCAGGAGACAUCAUCUGUGGUGGAGGAGAAGGACUUGCGAGGGAUAUGUUCUCAAACCACGAACUGUCAUUUCAGACCACACUUCAGGAGGCAAGGCUGGAGCUUCGGGGAGAGAUCCAAGCUUUGGGUUCAAGGAUGGCCGUUUUAGAGGAACAAGUAGGCCAGAUACUCAGAUUGCUCUUGGAACAGAACGAUUCACCGGGUCAGGCUUGUACACCUCAAUUACAAAGACCCAGAUCCAGGACAGGAGAACUGUUUUCCAUUUCGACACCGGGUAGUCCUGAUUCAGACAAGGAUGAAGUGCUGAUCUGAACAAAAGCAAAAAUAAAUCCUGAAACAAAAUUCUUAAAGCUCAGGUCUGUAAGGGAAUAUGACCAGGAUUGUUUGGAGGUUCUUAGCAGACCCCCAGCAGUUUUGAAUGUGAGAGCUUGACCAGUGGUAGUGGUAGGUUGCACAGAAGAAGCAUUGCGUACUUCUAUCUUUAUUGCUGGGAACUUGGGAACUUUGUUAGCCAACUUUGCACAACAUGUACUAUUCAAGAUGAAGACUGAGAAACUGCUCAGAAGCUAUUUUAUGAUUUUCUUUUUAAACUUUGCAUGUUCAGCUGGGUUCUGUUUUGCCAAAGAUAAAAAGCGUAUCAAAUAUGAUAAUAUUUGUACAAUGUUCUACAUUACACGCUUGUACAUUAUGCAGAUGACUGCAUGCGGGUGGCAUUUGCUUAUUCACUCUGAUUAUCUGAAUGAUAUUUAUUCAGAAUAUGGAGAGUUUGGAUUAAAAGUGGCAUGAGAUGCCUGAAAAAAAAAACAACAAAUGCUUUAUUUGAAAUCUAUAAAAGAGUGGCUAAGGAAUUUUUGUUUGUUUUUAGGAUGAAGAUGUGAAAGUGAACGCAGAGGUAGAUCCAUUUAGUGCAUGUAAAUAACAUGAAUUCGAAAUGAGAACACAACAUAAAACAAAGGUAAGAUUAACUCAACCUAAUAAAUCUAGUUUAGAAGAAAUCAGUCAACAAAUUCUGAAUUGCUCCCAAAAUUGUUCACCUGAAUACUGAUACGUGCUGUGACAUUCCCGAGACAAGUGACACCCACCAUGCACAACUUUUUUGUGUCACAGGCCUGAGAAAUCUGCUACCUGCCUAAUUACAUGUACAUGAGCUUCCAGACAACUGCUGAUUGGUUAGAAACUAAUGGGAUUGACAGGGUGAGAAAUUAUGCCCCUCCCUCCUAAAGAGGUAACUGCUCAUUUUAAGGUCAUGAACUGCCACAGUGGUUUGUAGCAUUGCCAGGAUUCUUUUGUUUGCUGUGCUCUCUUUGCUGAUACAUUUGAUGUUCAAAAAAAUGAUCUCAGACAAUGUUUGAAGAAAUCAUAAUGAGGCAAAAAUCAUGAAGAGCAGAGAGUUGGCUUGGCACCAAGAAAAAUAUGACAUACAUAUAUAAAUAAUGAAUAAAAUAUAAAACAUGACAAAUAUAUUUAAAACUACAGUAGUUUUUGUUGCAUACAGUGAUACAGAUAUUGGUUUAUUCUAACAGCUAAAUGUUUUGCAGUGCAGUGUUUUAGCAGUUUG